GAAUGGCGAAGUCGAGAACUUCCUUGUGGGCCGCGGCAUCGACAUCAAGGACCGAUGCGAAGACCUUCUUCACGAUGCUGUCGGAGUCCAUGGACAAGGAGAACGAGGUGGACAUCGGCACGGUCGUCGGCAGCUGCCUGCGCAUCAAGGGCGUGGCUACGAGCAUCGACCUGCAGAUGCUGCGGUACGAAGCGAGGACGGGACGGCAGCCAGAAAGCAGGCCGAGCUCUCCAAGCUGGUCCACGCACUGGUGGACUCGCGCCUCGCAGCGGGCGGCAGCUCCGAGUGUGCAGGCUCAGCUCCGAGCACGCGCCGCAGCAGCACCCGCCGCGCGCGGUCGCGGUCGUGCCAGCGGGCGGAGGAGAGCGAGAGGCCACCGGGACCGAGAACGGCUACUACGGCCUUUUGACGCUGUAGCCCCCCGUGACGGACAUUGGUCCACAAUUCGUGUUCAGUCGGGCGUGUUCCUUUACAGGAGGAACAUUCCCAGAACAGGCCAAACAUACCGUCAAGUUAUCCUCUCUUCGCGCUCCUCGCCCGGCAGUUGACAUUUCACUGCUCAUGAUGAGUCCGUUUUUGGAAGUGUUGACCGUUUCGCAGCCAGACGUGCGGCGGCCGCGUGAAGCAUUUUCGACACAUGGGGCUGGCGGAUUCCUUGGCAAGAGCUCGAGGGAUCUAGGGCUGCAGAGAUUUGAGAAACGAUGCACUUGGAGCAUUAGGGUAUGUGGCCAGAAUUGCUCAAUGCCAGACUUUCUGGAGCUGGAGAGUUGACUGAGGAGUAGGGGUAGUUGAUCGUAAGGAGCACGCCCGUGUUAAAGACCUCAGGCCAGAGUCCGAGCGAGUGGAAUGGAUCGGGGACCUACACGGGGCCUGCUCUUCGCCCCCUCCGCCUACUCUUGCUUUUGUCGCUCCUGCAGCCAGACGUGCGGGAUGCGCCAGCAUGGGCGCAUCGCCUUUUCGCGCGCGCAGCCCCCCCCCUCCUACCUGCGGCGGGAGCCGUCGGCGCACCUGCCGUUCGACGGCCGUCCAGGGGGCUUGCGGGAUGCUACCUUGAUUUGCGGCUCAGCGGCAAGCCAACAAAGAGGCCCAGUCGGUCAUCGAUAUGUUGGGCAGCCUGGUGAUCUCCUGGACGUCUCCUGUAGGACAUCUUAGGGGCCGACGGGUGAGGUGAGGCGGCUUCGCGGACCGAGGCGCAUGAACCCGAAGGCGGCACGAUCGUGUGUUGGAUGGCGG